AGUAAAAUGACUCGUGAGCAAUAUCACGUAGCGCAUGCGCAGUUGUUGGUCUCUUGUGUUUUAGGAUUAACUGACCGCUAGCAAUUAUAUUGUUCGGGGUUGUUUUUUUCUCUCUGUCUCUUUUUCUUUUUUUUUUGGUGUGUGGAUAUUUUUCUUUCCAUCAUGGAAAUAAGAAGUUAUUUGCUGUUUGCCCUUCUUCUUGUUAUAGAUAAAGUGUCGAUGCAGAGCGUCACAGUUGAAGCUGAUAUCGGAGGCUCUGUGAUCUUACCGUGUUCAGUCGGUCGCUAUGAAAAGGAUGUGUUCUGGCGGAAUGAAAACAGCAAGUCGGUGUAUGACAUCAUCACGGGUGAAGUGGAUUUUCAUGACCAGGAUGCUGUGUACAGGGACAGAGUCGACAGUUUUCCAUCAGAGUUCGCAAAAGGGAAUUACUCCAUCAGACUGCGUAAUGUGAAACCCACUGAUCCGGGACCUUACAGUUGCCACAUUCCUAACUCCAUUACUGUCUAUGUACAACUGAAGAUUAAAGCAGAAAGAAGAGUCUUAGAACCGACACCUAAGCCGGGAAACAGUGGCACCAUGAAGAGAGCAAGCGGUACAUCACUGUUUCUGCUCAUAUGUGUUCUACUGCGCAGCCUCGCAGACUGAAGAGGUCAUGAAGCCCAAUGUGUGGAAAAAGCAGCUAUCCAAGCUUUUCUUCACUACAUUUAAAGUAGUACUUAUCUAAAGAACAUCCCAAAAGUCUUCCAAAAUUUU